AUCUACGGAUCUGCCCCCAGGGCUACACCUGCUGCACCAGCGAGAUGGAGGAGAAUCUGGCCAACCGCAGCCGGGCUGAGCUGGAGACUGCGCUGCGGGACAGCAGCCGCACCCUGCAGACUAUGCUGGCUGCCCAGCUACACAGCUUCGACGACCACUUCCAGCGCCUGCUGAACGACUCAGAGCGGACACUGCAGGACGCCUUCCCCAGCGCCUUCGGGGAGCUGUACACGCAGAACGCCAGGGCCUUCCGGGACCUGUACACAGAGCUGCGCCUCUACUACCGCGGCGCCAACCUGCACCUGGAGGACACGCUGGCAGAGUUCUGGGCCCGCCUGCUGGAGCGCCUCUUCCGGCAGCUGCACCCACAGCUGCUGCUGCCUGACGACUACCUGGACUGCCUGGGCAAGCAGGCUGAGGCACUGCGGCCCUUUGGGGAGGCCCCGCGGGAGCUGCGCCUACGAGCCACCCGCGCCUUUGUGGCUGCUCGCUCCUUCGUGCAAGGCCUGGGCGUGGCCAGUGACGUGGUCCGGAAGGUGGCCCAGGUGCCCCUGGCCCCAGAGUGCUCGCGGGCCGUCAUGAAGCUGGUCUACUGUGCUCACUGCCUGGGGGUCCCUGGUGCCCGGCCCUGCCCUGACUAUUGCCGAAAUGUGCUCAAGGGCUGCCUUGCCAACCAGGCUGACCUGGACGCCGAAUGGAGGAACCUCCUGGACUCCAUGGUGCUCAUCACCGACAAGUUCUGGGGCCCAUCAGGUGUGGAGAGUGUCAUCGGCAGUGUGCACGUGUGGCUGGCAGAGGCUGUCAACACCCUUCAGGACAACAGGGACACACUUACGGCCAAGGUGAUCCAGGGCUGUGGGAACCCCAAGGUCAAUCCCCAGGCCCCUGGCCCCGAAGAGCGGCAGCGCCGGGGCAAGCUGGUGCUACAGGAGAAGCCGCCCAUGGGCACUCUGGAGAAGCUGGUCUCUGAGGCCAAGGCCCAGCUCCGAGAUGUCCAGGACUUCUGGAUCAGCCUCCCAGGGACGCUAUGCAGCGAGAAGAUGGCCCUGAGCACCGCCAGUGACGACCGCUGCUGGAAUGGGAUGGCCAAGGGCCGGUACCUCCCCGAGGUAAUGGGCGAUGGCUUGGCCAACCAGAUCAACAACCCUGAGGUAGAGGUGGACAUCACCAAGCCAGACAUGACCAUCCGGCAGCAGAUCAUGCAGCUGAAGAUCAUGACCAACCGGCUGCGCAGCGCUUACAACGGCAAUGACGUGGACUUCCAGGAUGCCAGUGAUGACGGCAGUGGCUCUGGCAGUGGUGAUGGCUGUCCAGAUGACCUCUGUGGCCGGAAGUCCAGCAAAAAGAGUUCCAGCUCCCGGACACCCUUGACACACGCCCUCCCCGGCCUGUCCGAGCGGGAGGGGGCAAAGACCUCAGCCGCCUGCUGUCCACAGCCCUACGCCUUCCUCCUCCUCCUGCUCAUCCUCAGCCUGGGCCUUGCAGCAGCCAGGCCCCGGUGGUGAUAACAGCCCCAUGGCCCCAAGGAACUGAGGCCAAGGACUGACUUUGCCAAAA